AUGGAAAGGAUGGGCAAUGUAACAGAAUUCAUCCUGCUGGGCCUGACCCAGAAUCCAGAACUGCAGACAUUCUUAUUUGCUGUGGUUUUAAUUACCUACUUGACCACAUUGGCAGGUAACCUGCUCAUCUCAGUCACCAUCUUCAUCAGUCCAGCCCUGGGUUCUCCCAUGUACUUUUUUCUAUCCUGCUUAUCCAUUAUAGAUGGCUUCUACUCUUCUUCCAUAGCACCCAAAAUGAUCUUUGACUUGAUCUCUGGAAAGAACACCAUAUCCUUCGAUGGUUGCAUGACUCAGCUCUUUGCUGAACAUUUCUUUGCUGCAGCUGAGAUUAUCUUGUUAAUUGCCAUGGCCUAUGACCGCUAUGUAGCUAUCUGUAAGCCUUUGCACUAUAUGACCAUCAUGAGCAGACAUGUGUGUGGAUUCCUGGUUGGAAUGGCUGGAGUUUUAGGGUUUCUUCAUGGAGGGAUCCAGGUUUUAUUCAUGAUCCAGUUACCAUUCUGUGGCCCCAAUGUCAUUGACCACUUUAUGUGUGAUUUAAUACCUCUCCUGGAGCUAGCCUGCACGGACACUCACACUUUGGGGCCUCUGAUUGCUGCCAACAGUGGGUCACUGUGUUUGCUAACUUUCUCAAUGCUGGUUGCCUCCUAUGUUUUCAUCCUGCGCUCCCUGAGGACUCACAGCUCUGAAGGGCGUCACAAAGCUCUGUCAACCUGUGCCUCUCAUGUCACUGUUGUCAUCUUAUUCUUUGUACCGUGUUCACUCCUGUACCUAAGACCCGUGACCUCCUUCCCCACUGACAAAGCUGUGACUGUGUUUUGCACCAUAGUAACUCCUAUGUUGAACCCUUUAAUCUACACCCUGAGAAAUGCAGAAGUGAAAAAUGUCAUGAAGAAACUCUGGGGGCAAAUAAUGAAAACUAGCGAUAGAUAA